GUCGAUACAGACACGGAUUAAAAGAUUUGAUAUGUCAAAGAAUAUAUCUUACAUAUAUAGCAUGUUAUAAUCUUUACAAAAUUAUAAUAAUUUCGGAAUAUACAUAUAGGCAUCGCAAAUUAUUUUUUUUCGACGACGUGCUUUCUCUUCUAGUUAAUUGCUUUCGACAAAAAUCAAAAACAAAACAAAAAUGGUGCGUUUUUUUGCAAUUGCAGGAAUCGCAAUACUAUCAUUAGCAAACGCAGCAGAUAUUUCUAUAUCCUCAAACUGUGAUUGUGGCUACAAUGAUCCUUCGUUUAAUUCUAACUGGAACGAAAUGUGGCAUAUGAGCUUUGAAGAAAAAACGAAUUUUGGAGGUGGGAAUCAGUAUCUUUAUUCUCAUAAAGAUUUAUUCUUUUCAAACUACGAAAUUGCAGCCAAAUUCAAUGAUCCGUAUUCAAGAGUGUUUCGUAAAGAGAAUGUUGUAAUAAGGGACGAGUCUUUGGAAAUAGGGGUCACCAUUGAUCCUCUUUAUAAUGGCACAGGCAACCCAAUACAUUGCGGUGGUAUUGGCACGACGAGACAAGAUUUUUUAUAUGGAUCGUUCCGUAGUUUUAUUCGUACUACCAAAGUUGAAGGAACGGUUACUGGCAUGUUUAUUUUUCAUCCUGAGGGAGAGAUCGAUAUUGAAAUGUUGGGUUCCGUACAACCCUCACAAGCAUACUUUGCAAUGCACCCUGGAUUAACGGAUAAUGGAAAAGCGUCGGCAUUAACCCAUGGGAAUUACAUAUUUGAUUAUGAUCCAACUGAAGAAUAUCAUGAAUAUCGUUUUGAUUGGUAUCCAGAUUUGACAAUUUUUUUUAUCGACGGUAUUGAAUCAUAUCGCAUGACUACUAAUAUCCUUACGAAGCCAAGUAGACUAAUGUUCAAUCAUUGGACCGAUGGUAAUCAAAACUUUAGUCAAGGGCCAGUCAAAGAAAACGCUUUUGUAAACAUAAAAAAUAUGACACUGUUUUUUAACUCUUCAGAUUCAUUGAUGUCCGCGCCAAAGUGCAUCAAUGUAAAUGGUACCUGUGAUAUAGAAAGUAAGUAUGUAGAUCAUAGUUCUGUAAACUGCAUUAUAAACAAUUUUCUGCACAGAAAUCGUGACGACCUUAAAAGAUGA